GCCUGCAAAACCCUUUUAGUUCAGCCUGCCUGUCACAGCGGUUACUGGAAAUGACACACGGGAGGCGGUCGAACGGCAAACAUGCUAAAAUAACGUGUUAUAGCUGUAAUUCAUGCGGAAUUAACAUAAUGAUAAGAUUUAUAGCAAGGCGUGAAGAUAAAGGCCCACUGAAAGGCCGCGGUUUUACGUGGACAUCGACCACAUCUGAAUGAAUCCAGCAUAAUUUCUACGGACUGAGGGGGGAAAAACGAUCUAUUAAAUGUGUUCUAGACUGGUGCUGUGUUUAUUUCUCCUGCCAGCCCAUGCGAGCUGUGGCGCUGCUUUAUCAGUGAUACGCAAUUCUAUGCCUGUCUACAGGAGUAGAAGUUAGCGCCGUGAUUUUAUUUUACCCUUAUGUUACUGCAAAGAGCCAUUUCCAUAUUUCCCUAAUGAAAAUUAAUCUUUGGAACGGUUCCCGGGACGUGACAGAGAUGAUGUCGAGUAAAAGUGUGGAAUGGCUUCAAGAAGAACUGGAGUCCGGGAUCGGUGUGAGCUCGCUACUGCUGCUGGACUGCCGAUCACACGAGCUCUACGAAUCAUCACACAUCGAGUCGGCUAUCAACCUAGCCAUCCCAGGUUUGAUGCUGCGGAGAUUGAAGAAGGGAAAUCUACCGAUCCGGUCCAUCAUACCCAACAACGAGGAUAAGGAGAAAUUUGUUAAGAGAUGCAAGACAGACAUGGUGCUUCUUUACGACGAGGCCACUACGGACUGGCAGGAGAACGGGGUUGCAAGCUCUGUUCUCGGCUUGCUUCUGCAGAAGCUCCGGGAUGACGGUUGUAAGGCUUUCUACCUGGAAGGCGGUUUCAACAAGUUCCAGACGGAGUACCCUGAGCACUGCGAGACCAACCUGGACUGUUCCUGCCCUAGCAGCUCCCCGCCAGCGUCUGUCCUCGGUCUGGGUGGGCUAAGGAUCAGCUCGGACUGUUCUGAUGGGGAGUUGUCGGACCGGGAACCGGGCAGCGCCACAGAGUCCGAAGGCAGUCCCCUCCCCAACAACCAGCCUGCCUUCCCGGUCCAGAUACUACCCUACCUCUACCUGGGCUGCGCCAAAGACUCCACCAACCUAGAUGUCCUAGGGAAGUAUAACAUCAAGUACAUACUGAACGUCACUCCCAACCUGCCCAACGUGUUCGAACACGACGGAGAGUUUAAGUACAAACAGAUCCCCAUCUCUGAUCACUGGAGCCAAAACCUCUCACAGUUUUUCCCAGAGGCCAUCUCUUUCAUCGACGAAGCCCGUUCCAAAAAGUGUGGAAUCCUGGUGCACUGCCUUGCGGGGAUCAGUCGCUCGGUGACCGUUACCGUGGCCUACCUGAUGCAGAAGCUAAACCUGUCUCUCAACGACGCAUACGACUUUGUCAAACGUAAGAAGUCCAACAUCUCUCCCAACUUCAACUUCAUGGGUCAGCUUCUGGACUUCGAGAGGACGUUGGGACUCAACAGCCCAUGUGACAACCGAUCCACCAAUGACCAGCUGUUCUUUACCACACCAACCAAUCGCAAUGUGUUCCAGCUUGACACUCUGGAAUCUACAUGAAGGUGUGAGGGGGCAGGACUUAGGGCUACUAGGAGUUGAGCAGCCAUUUUGGGUGUGAAUGUUUAUCCUUUCUCUUCAGAGGCUGGCUGGAUUUGACAGCGGAUUGCCUGGGAUGUGGAAGGACAGAGCAAGAACAGAGGUGUCAGGUUGUAGGCUGGGAGACCCAAGGCUAGGGCAGAGGCCACAUGGAAAUCUGCUUGGUUUAUGGAGAUGUUGGUCUCUUGGAGGCCAGCGAGGGCCUCAUGUCCUCAGUGAUUUAGGUAGUGGCUAGUCUUUUUGGAACGGCCUGUCCUUUGGUUUACUGUCACAGAAAAGGAGAAGUCAUAUGCCGAGACAGUGCCUCGGCGCAGAAACAGAACAGUAGAGCGCACUUCACGCAAAGACAGGAAACACAGACGGACGCAUGGAUCUUCUGCUAGGACUGAUUCAUUGUUGUCCUCCUGGAAGACCUCCUUGUCAACUUCCUGAUGAUGAUGAAGGUGUCAAAGUGUCAUAGUGUCUGGGACAUGCCCUAAUGGAGGUGUUCUGACUGCUUCCUGUCAGAGUUUAUUAACACAAAACAGCAGUAUGUUCAACUGAUGCUUAUAACAAUGUAAGUAUGUACGGAUGUCUAUGGGCAUUUGCAUAUUUAAUUACAUUUACGCACACGUGUGUACAUACUGUAAGUCUAUUACCACUACUAGUGUACUAUCAUCUGUCCAGAAACGGAGAAAAUAACAAAGGAAGGAGCUUGUAUAACUAAAGAGAAAAACAGACCAAGAGAAGAGCAAUGUUGUCAUGAUGGUCGGGUUGUUUUGGUCCUUUUUUUUCUUUGUAUUUUUUUCUACUGUAUGUUUGUAACGAUGACCUAAUGCAGUUUACACAGUGGUGAAGCCUAUCACUUCUUGGCACUUAAACUGGUACUCCAGAGAAAGAGACAUUCAGAGACAGACAGGGUGGGAG